CUCCUCGUCUGCAACAGCAAAGUAAAAUCAUAAUGGCUCUGAGUGCUCUGAUGAAGUCAGCCGUUGUGCUGGGAGUGAUGUACGGAGCUGUGGCUGACGGAGGCUACGGCUCUCACGGAGGUGGCUUUGGAGGCGGUGUUUCCGGAGGCGUAGGAGGAGGCUUCGGAGGAGGAAGCCACGGCGGCUUUGGAGGAGGCCUCGGUGGAGGCAGCUUCAUCGGAGGAGGCGGAGGCCACGGCGGCUACGGCGGAGGCGUUGGCGGCGGCAGCGUCGUCCCAGCACGUCUGGUCGGAGUCGGCGUCCUCCCCUCGGUCGGAGGCGGCUAUGGCGGCGGUGCCGUCGGAGGCCACGGCGGAGGCGCUGGAGGCUUCAUCGGAGGCGGCAGCAGUGUAGGAGGCGGAUUCGGAAGCCACGGGUCUUCCGGACACGUCAGCGGAGGAUACGGCGGGAAAUAAAGACUCAAUUAAUGCAGGAAUAAAUAUUUUGUGAUAUACUCUAUGAACUUUAUUUAGCCAGCCUGAGGUUUUG